AUGGACGCUCUUUCUCAGCCAAUCAGUUCUCCUCCUUACAAAACGAGCUUUGUUCUCGUCAGGUCUUAUGGUCUCACUUCUUUAAUCCUCCGUAAAUCGAGAUCUCCGUUUCGAGCUUCGUCGUCGAUUCAGCAUUUCGAAAGAAUAUUCAUCUAUCUGAAGAAAGUUUGCUUGGAGUUUCACGUGGAGGUCCGAGUGUCAGAGAGAGGAAUCAACAUGCUUUUCAUGCUGGGUGGAAACGGUACUCAUGCUGGCGCCAACGCUAUACACAAUGAGGUAAAGGUAGCUGUAGUUGGUGUGUCAAAAACCAUUGACAAUGAUGUUUUGCAUAUGGAUAAAACUUUUGGGCUUGACACCGCCGUUGAAGAAGCACAACGAGCUAUAAACUUUGCCUACAUCGAGGCACAUAGUGCUUAUCAUGGCAUCGGUGUUGUAAAACUGAUGGGACGUAAUAGUGGUUUCAUUGCGAUGCAAGCCUCUCUAGCAAGCGUGCAAGUCGACAUCUGCUUGAUUCCUGAGGUUCCCUUCAAUCUUCAUGGGCCUCAUGGUGUACUCAAGCAUUUGAAGUACCUUAUCGAAACGAAAGGCUCCACUGUGAUUGUAACACCCCAACUGCCGUCGAACUAUCGGACCACCGUCCAUCAGGUUAUCGGUAUGCUCUAUGCCCUUCCCACUAUCGGAACACACAGUCCGUCAAGCUAUCGGCAUGUAGGAGACCUCACUGUCCCUUGGAGAGAUUCCUGUCCCUCGAGAUAUAUGCAGGAGAAAUCACUAUCCCCUAGAGAGAUCCUCACUGUCCCCUCGAGUAUAUACAGGAAACCUCUCUGUCCCCUAGAGCACUAA